GAGAGGAGCUUUAAAAUCAGCUUUAUUACACAGAGCUAGAAGAGACCAUAUUCUGGGCGAAUGGUUGAGCAAAAGUGAAUGCCUUAGAGUGAGACAGGAUCACGCCAUGGUCAGGUAGCUGCUAAGAGCGAUGGGUUUUUUCAGACAACUGUUCCUCCUGCUCUGGAAGAACAUCACGUACCGCAGAAGGAACAAGAUCCAGCUGAUUAUCGAGCUCCUCUGGCCGCUCUUCCUCUUCGUCAUCCUUAUCUCUGUCCGUCAUUCGCACCCUCCUUACAAACAGAGCCAAUGUCACUUUCCAAACAAAGCACUGCCAUCAGCAGGGACCUUGCCCUGGAUUCAGGGCAUUAUCUGCAACAUCAACAACCCUUGCUUCCACAGCCAGACACCAGGGGAGACACCCGGCCAAGUUGGCAACUUUAACAACUCCAUACUGUCUCGGCUUCUAGUGGAUGUCCAGGCCAUUCUGGCCUACAGUGGUAAUCAGAGCUUCGCCGGCUUUCAGAAGCUAAUGGAGAGCGUCCGGAAGCUGGGACAAAGAAGUGGAGCUCUGCCAAAUCUCCCAGUAAAACAAUACCUGAGACCCAAUGAGACAUUUUCCACCUUCCUCCUGACCAAUGCCAGCAUGUCACCUGUGACUGUGGACACACUGCUGAAUGCUAGACUUAAUUUUCAGACUACACUGGCUGUAGCGGAGAUGCAGCUAAAGGACAUGGUGUGUAAUAGGAGCGUCCUAGAACAGCUGCUGACGGUGGAUGGAGGAGAAGCCACCAUGACUGAUCUUCAGACCCAGAUGUGUGACUUACCAGCUGAUGUGCUGCAGGAGACCGAGCGCCUUUUCCUGUCUCAGCUCGAUUUGACCAAGUUCUUUACGAGAGACCGUCUAAUGGCCAACGCUGGAGAACUCAGGGCCAUCAGUCAGGCUGUCACCUCAGUUUCCCAGGAGCUCACUGCCCUCCUGGAUGAUAUCGCCUCCCUCUCCAGUUUUGCAGACAUGAGCGCGGCUCUUCGCGUCCUGUCUCCAGAAAAUCGCACGGCAAUGCCCAGAGAAAGUUUCAGAGCUUUUUCGAAGAUCGUGUGCGGUCACCACGAACUUGACGGUGAACGCAUCCCGUCCCUUAACUGGUAUGAAGACAAUGACAUCAAGUCCUUUUUGGGCAAAAAUGGCACAGAGGACAUGGAUGUGGAGCACAACAACAAUACAACUCCCUUCUGUAAAAAUCUGGUCCAGGCGCUGGAGUCCAACCCUCUGUCUCGCAUUGUGUGGAGAGGAAUCAAACCUUUGUUCAUAGGAAAACUCCUCUACACACCCAACACUCCCGCAGUCCAGCAAGUUAUGAAAGAGGUGAACCAAACAUUUGAAGACCUGCAGAUUAUCCAGGAGCUAAAUGAAGCCUGGCUUGAGGUGGGACCACAAAUCAAGAGCUACAUGGAGACCAGUGUGGAGGUUAAGAUGCUACAGGAUUUGUUAAGGCAGCCAGAGAUUGCAGUACUGGUUAACCUGCGUUUGGAAGACACGCCCUGGACAGCUUCACGCAUCGCACGCUUCCUGUCGACACCCUCUCCAGAUAUCCCACGGAGGCCCGGAGCACAGCUGACCUGGCUGGACAUCUACAAUGACAUAAACCAAACUAUCUCCACUCUUGCACAAGUUACAGAGUGCUUCUCUCUGAACAAACUGGAGGGGCUGGAAACUGAGGGUCAGCUGAUUGAAAGAGCGCUGGAGCUACUAGAGGACAGGCAGUUCUGGGCAGGCGUGGUUUUCCUGCUGCCCAACACUUCCUCGUCUGAGCUGCCCCCACAUGUCACCUACAAGAUCCGAAUGGACAUUGAUGAUGUGACCCGCACCAACAAGCUCAAAGACCGGUUUUGGGAUCCGGGUCCAGCUGCUGACCCCUUCAGCGACAUGCGUUAUAUUUGGGGUGGUUUCGUGUAUGUUCAGGACCUGGUGGAGAGAGCGGUGAGCCGAGUGCUUACCGGAGUUCGACAGACUACUGGCAUCUACGUCCAGCAGAUGCCGUACCCCUGCUAUGUGGACGAUGUUUUUCUUCGAGUGCUAAACCGCUCUCUGCCGCUUUUCAUGACACUGGCGUGGAUCUACUCUGUGGCCAUGAUCAUCAAAGGUGUGGUGUACGAGAAGGAGGCGAGGCUGAAGGAAACCAUGAGGAUCAUGGGUCUAGGAACUGGGACACUUUGGUUCAGCUGGUUCAUCAGCAGCAUAGUGCCAUUCCUGGUUUCUGCAGCACUGCUCAUCGCUCUGCUCAAGUGGGGAGACAUCUUGCCGUACAGCAACCCAGCCGUUAUUUUUUUCUUCCUCACAGCUUUUGCCACCGCCACCAUCAUGCAGUGUUUCCUCAUCAGCACCUUCUUUUCAAAGGCCAACCUGUCAGCUGCCUGUGGGGGACUCAUCUACUUCGGACUCUACCUGCCUUACGUCCUGUGUGUCGCCUGGAGAGACCACCUCAACAGCACACACCGAAUCUUAGCUAGUUUCCUUUCUCCUGUGGCCUUUGGCUUUGGCUGUGAGUAUUUCUCUCAGUAUGAAGAGCAAGGUGUGGGCAUUCAGUGGUACAACCUGCACUCCAGCCCUGUGGAAGGAGACCGAUACAGCUUCACUGUCUCCAUAGUUAUGCUGUAUGUGGAUGCCUUCAUCUAUGCCAUCGCUGCCUGGUACAUCGAAGCAGUGUUUCCUGGUGAGUAUGGGAUCCCCAGGCCAUGGUACUUCAUCUUUCAGCUCAACUACUGGGGAGGUGUUCCCCUUGAAGCAGGCAUGCCGAUCCCCCCUGCACCUACAGAACAGAAUGAAGAUCACAUUGAACCAGAACCCAGUAACAUGAUUCUGGGCGUAAGCAUCAGAAAUCUGGUGAAAAUCUACAAGAAGGGGGGGAAACUGGCCGUAAACCACCUGAACCUGAAGUUCUAUGAGGGGCAGAUCACUUCUUUCCUGGGCCACAAUGGAGCCGGCAAAACCACCACCAUAUCUGUCCUGACCGGUCUGUUCCCACCCACCUCUGGGACCGUGUACAUCAAAGGGAUGGACAUCCGCCAUGACAUGGACCUCAUCAGGAGGACGCUGGGAGUUUGUCCCCAGCACAACGUCCUGUUUGACAUGCUGACGGUAGAGGAGCAUGUGUGGUUUUAUGGCUGUAUGAAGGGUCUGUCUGAAGCAGAGGUGAAGGCGGAGCUGGACACUUUGCUGGAGGAUGUGGGCCUCCUGCACAAGCGACACGAACAGACCAAAAACCUUUCAGGCGGCAUGCAGAGGAAGCUGUCUGUGGCGAUAGCAUUUGUCGGAGGCUCAAAGGUGGUCGUCCUGGAUGAACCUACAGCUGGGGUUGACCCGUACUCCCGCAGAGGGAUCUGGGACCUGCUGCUCAAAUACCGCAAAGACCGGACCAUCAUCUUGUCCACCCACUACAUGGACGAGGCAGAGUUGUUAGGUGACCGGAUCGCCAUCAUCUCUCAGGGGAAGCUGUGCUGCUGUGGCUCACCGCUCUUCCUUAAAUCUCAGCUGGGGUCUGGCUACUACCUCACUGUGGUGAAGAGGGAAGGACUGGACACCAGCACUCCCAGUAAUUUCAGUAUUUCCACCAGUGCCAGCUCCAACAAGCUCCCUCCUCUCAUCAAGGACAGCGACUCGUCACUGAGUGAAGACACCGGGCUGGGAAGUGAGGAAAGCAGCUCAUAUUUGGCAGCUUUGCUGUCGCUGGUUCAACACCACAUCCCUGGUGCCAGACUGGUGCAGGAGUCUAGACGUGAGGCGGUGAUCAACCUGCCGCAGACGGCCGCCAAAGACAGCAGCCUGGCCAUCCUACUGAUCGCACUGGACCAGAGACUGACUGAACUGGGAAUCAGCAGCUACGGGCUGUCAGACAGCACGCUGGAGGAGAUCUUUCUGCGGGUGGCAGAGGAGACAGGUGUGGACACUGAAGCAGAGGUGCAGCCUGAAUCACCCCACAGCCAGCAGCCGUCAGGACAGGGAACUGAUGGCCACCCUCUAGAUGAAGCAGAAACAGGAAGGAAAAAGCCUCAUAGAAAAGCAGAACCUCAGGAGACAGACCUGCUGAAUGGCGAUGGCCACGGUGGGGUGCCUGCAACUGGCUGGUGGCUGACGUGGCAGCAGCUGAGAGCGCUCUUCAUCAAACGCUGGCUUUAUGCUCGGAGGAGCCGUCGGGGAAUCUUUGCCCAGAUCGUUCUCCCUGCUGUAUUUGUGCUGAUCGCCCUGCUCUUCAGCCUUAUUGUUCCUCCUUUUGGGAAGUACCCUGCCCUGCAGUUGCAUCCCUGGAUGUACGGCGAGCAGUACACCUUCUUCAGCAACGAUGAUCCUGGAAACCCAGCCAUGGAGAAUCUGCUUGAAGCUCUCCUUGACCAGCCUGGGUUUGGUACCAAGUGCAUGGAAAAGGAGGACAACAUGACGGAUCUUCAGUGUGAAGCUGGGCGGGGUGGUUUAUUCAUGAGGCCACAGUUAUCUUACUCUACCUGGGACAUGUUCAGCAGAGGCAACUGGAGCAGAGACAGACCCUCACCUGAAUGUCAGUGCAGCACAGAAGACGUCUACCGAAUGCUCCCCGAGUGUCCUGAGGGUGCUGGAGGGCUUCCGCCUCCACAGAUUAAAAGGCCGACUGGAGACAUCCUGCAAAAUCUGACAAGUUAUAACAUCUCAGAUUACCUGGUGAAGACCUACUCUCAAAUCCUUAAGAAAAGCCUAAAAACCAAGAAGUGGGUGAAUGAAUUCAGAUACGGAGGCUUCUCCCUCGGAGGUAGAUCUGUAUCUCAAACCCAAUAUCUCCAAGACUCGGUCAUGGCCAUCAGGACUCGUUUCCGAGUCCCACAGAACAGUUCACUGGGAAACCUGCUGCACAGACUCCCAGAGGUCUUAGGAGGGCUGAACAGUGAAAACAAUGUGAAGGUGUGGUACAACAACAAAGGCUGGCACGCCAUGGUGUCAUUUGUCAAUGUGAUGAACAACGGCCUGCUGAGAGCGAGUCUGCCACCAGGUCCUGAGAGGAGGAAGCACGGCAUCACUGCCUACAAUCACCCACUCAACCUCACCAAGGAGCAGCUCACCGAAGUAGCCAUGAUGACUACAUCGGUGGAUGUCCUGGUUUCCAUCUGUGUGAUCUUUGCCAUGUCCUUCGUGCCGGCCAGUUUCGUCCUUUUUCUGAUCGAGGAGCGAGUCAGCAAAGCUAAACACCUGCAGUUUGUCAGCGGGGUCAAACCGAUUCUCUACUGGCUGGCCAAUUUUACCUGGGACAUGUUAAACUACACCAUUCCUGCUAUCAUGGUGGUGCUGAUUUUCAUCAGUUUCCAGCAGCAGUCAUACGUUUCUGAGACCAACCUGCCCGCUCUUAUCCUGCUCCUCCUGUUCUACGGGUGGUCCAUAACCCCUCUUAUGUACCCAGCAUCCUUUGUGUUCAGUGUCCCAAGCACAGCUUAUGUAUUUUUGACCUCCAUCAACCUCUUCAUUGGAAUCAACGGCAGCAUCGCCACCUUUGUCCUGGAGCUGUUUGUAGAUGAGUAUCUGAACGAGGUGAACAGAAUCCUGAAGAAGGUGUUUUUAAUCUUCCCUCAUUUCUGUUUGGGACGAGGACUUAUCGACAUGGCCAAAAACCAGGCCAUGGUGGAUGCCUUCAAAAGACUGGGUACCAAACCAAGCCUGGACCCCCUUCAGUGGGACUUUGUAGGAAAGAACCUUUUUGCAAUGGCAGUAGAAGGUGUUGUCUUCUUCAUCUUUACCAUACUCCUUCAGUACAAAUUCUUCAUCCGCUACAGGCCUUGGUGGACAAAGCCUGAGUUGGCUCCUCUCGGUCCAGAGGAUGAGGAUGUUGCGAGAGAGAGAGAGAGGGUCAAAAGUGGGAAAGCACACUCAGACAUCCUCACCAUGAUCGACCUGAGCAAGGUUUAUAAAGCCGGCAGAAAGCCUGCCGUAGACCGUCUUUGCCUCGGGAUUCCUCGCAGCGAGUGUUUUGGGCUGCUUGGGGUCAACGGAGCUGGGAAGACUUCAACAUUUCGGAUGCUGACUGGAGAUACACCUGUCACUCAUGGAGAGGCUUUCCUCAGCCAGCACAGUGUGCUGACAGAAAUGGAGCGGGUCCACCAGCUGAUGGGUUACUGCCCACAGUUCGAUGCCAUCAGCGACCUGCUCACAGGUCGGGAACAUCUGGAGCUGUACGCCCGCCUGCGGGGGGUGCCAGAGGAGUUCGUCUCUAAGGUGGCGCAGUGGGGUGUGAAGAAGCUGGGGCUGACUCAGUAUGCAGAUCAGGAGGCUGGAGGCUACAGCGGGGGCAACAAGAGGAAACUCUCCACAGCUAUCUCCCUCAUCGGGUCUCCACCUGUCAUAUUCCUGGAUGAGCCCACCACUGGCAUGGACCCAAAAGCCAAAAGAUUUUUGUGGAACUGCAUCCUCAGUGUCACCAAAGAGGGGAGAGCUGUAGUGCUAACCUCACACAGCAUGGAGGAGUGCGAGGCACUUUGCACCAGGAUGGCCAUCAUGGUCAACGGCAGGUUUCGGUGUCUUGGGUCUGUGCAGCACCUGAAGAACAGGUUCGGUGAUGGAUACACCAUCAUCCUUCGUUUGGCAGACACCAAAUCGGACCCUGACUUGUGUCCCGUCAGCGCCUACAUGAAGGAGUGUUUUCCCAGUAUUGAGCUGAAGGAGCGGCACCAGAAUGUGCUGCAGUACCAGCUACCCUCACACGCCUGCUGCCUCGCUCGCGUCUUCGACGUGCUGGCAAACAACUACGAGGAGCUGGAUAUCGUUGAUUUCUCCAUUUCACAGACUACGCUGGACCAGGUGUUUGUCAACUUUGCCAAGGAUCAGACUGAUGACGACUGCCUCACAGAUGUGGUCGUCAGCAACGGGACAGUACAGCCAAACCCACCUGAGCACCAAGUUAAUCCUCCCGUCAAUAAACCACAACCACCAAUCGUUCCUCCUCAACCAAGCAAAAGUCCACACCUGCCUGGGAAAUCAUCUGACAGCAAGUCAAGGGCGGGUAAGCCGAAAAAAGAAAAAUCUAGCAAAGGCAAAUCUGGCUCUGUGGCAAUGCGCGCACUACCACAGCCAGAGGAAAUGGCCCGGGAGGUGGCUAAGGUGAGCCGCAGGGCCAGCACUGAAUCAGACGGCAGUAACAGCGGUGUUCAGGGAGAAUCGGGCAAAUCUUGUGGUUCGAAACGCAGAGCAGAGAGUUCCAGCAAAGAUCCCUCUGUUCUCUUUAUAGUCGGCAGCAACUCAGAGGAGAGCACGCUGUGAAGCGGACUGGCACUAAACAAGUGGACCAAAGACAAACAAAAGCUUCAUCUUCCCCUCUGUAUCGUCAUUUGAAUGCUGCAAAGUCUUCACAGGGACAUGAACAAACGAGCACUUUAAAGUCCAUCAGUAAGAAAGCUGCAGUGGACAAGUGGACUGAAAUGUUACUGUCUGAGAAAAACAGAGUAGAAGCUUUAAAAGAAACAACCGAAGGUCCUUUGUGGUAAUGACUUCGGUGCCUUGCUCAGCUCUUAUAUCUGUAACUCUUUACCCUCCACAGCGAGUAAAAUAAGUACAGAAAGCAUCAGUUUUCUGAGUAAAUAUAUUUCUAAAGGUGCUGCUGAAAUCCUCACCAGAUGACAGUAAAACUAUACCGUACCGUAUCAAACCAUAGAUGUCCACAAAUUAUGUUUUGUGUGACCAUGAGAAAUUACACAGGGAAAAAGUGCUGAACACGGUUACUGAAAUGGAUUUAAUACUUUGUUAAAAAAAGGAUGCAUAUAGGCCAUCAUGGAUGAGUGCAUCCACAUUGUACCUGCUGAUUUCAGGUCUUCUUGCAGAUCUUGGAGAACUCUUCUGAUCAUCCUUUUCGCUCCUCUGUCUGAAGUCUUGCAAAGAGCCACUGUUUGUGACUGGUUUGUGGUGAAAUUAUGUCCUUUCCACUUCACGAUUAUGGCCCCAACAGUGCUCACUGGACCGUCAGUAGUUUAAAAAUUCUUCUGUAACAAUCCCAUCAGUAUGUUUAGCACCAACAAGCAUGUGAAGGUCUUGACAGAUCUCAUUGGUUUUUCCCAUCAUGAGAUGUUUCUUGUAUGACAGCUUGGUAAUGAAACACAUUUUAUAGGCCAUCAGUUAGAACUGAACCAGCUGAUAUUCAUUUGCACUAAGUGGCAAAUUACUAAUGACUGAUUUCAGCUGAUGUCAUGACUUUUGCCUUUUGCGUCUACUUUUUCCCUGUGUCAUUUCUCAUUAUUACACUUAAUUUAUUAUUAACUUAAUUUAUUGUCAUCUGUGGUUUGAUUUAUUUGCAUGUGUGGAUUGGAUGGGUUGUUACUGACAUCUGGUGGGAAUUUCAUGCCGGUAGCACCUUUAGAAAUAGAUUUGCUUCAAAAAUUGGCGACACGUUCAGUACUUAUUUUACCAGCUGUAUAUGGGUCGAUUAGUCUUACACUGUGUCUUCUCUUUCUGUGUCAGUGUCAUCACUCCUCAGUGGUUUAUUUGUCCUGAAUGAAUGUUAUGCAGGGCUCGCUGCUAAACCAGUGAGCAGUGUAGCUCAGGAUUCAGUCAUUAGACCUCUUACAACCUCAUCUUUGCUUUACAAAAAGCAUUCUUUCAGUCUGAAUACUGAAAUGUUCAGACUGUUUGUUUUAUGUUAAUUCUUAAGGUGGUUUUAUAGGUUAGAGGGCAUUUGAGUGGCGGGUUGUUUCAGGACUAUACAGUAUCUCUUUUGAGGAGAGAAUUUACCUCUUAUUGUUUUGUAAAAAACAACUUUAUUAUAUCUUUUAUCUGAAUGUUUUUUAUUUAUCCAAAGUUUUAUUAUGCAGACUAAUCUUAUUAUUUAUGAAUUGGAGGGGUUCAUAUCUUUGCUUGCUUUUCAUUAAAAGAGCUGGAAACCUCGUGAUAAAUGAGAUUCACAGGUGUCACUGUAGACGUUAAAUUCAUGUCAAACAUGCCAAAAAUUCCACGUUCAAUCAAAGAAGUAAUAUUUAACAAAACAGAGCAAUCAGUGAGACAAAAACAUUGCCUUCAGUCAACAACUGUUUUUAUUCUGAACUAUGUGUUUGUUUCUUUCUAACAAACGACACACUGGCUGCUGAAUGUUACCGUACUGUAAUGGCAUUUUAUAUAUAUAUGCAUGAGACAAACGUGACAUAUCAGAAGGAUUUCAUUCCAAAAUGCAACCUGUUUUUAACAAUGUGGGGCAGCUGGACGGGUGAGUGGUUAGGACACGUGCACUACAUGGAUAAAAGUAGUGGAGCAGCCAUGGAAACCAAAGCCAUGUUUGGAGUCUGACCUUCUGUCAUUCUCAAACACUUCCUCCACUUACAGCUGAUUGUGGUAUAUCUAUGAGAGAAGAAAUGUCACAAACUGCGGCUGUGGCGUCCUGUUACUGCACCAAGCUCAAUUUCAGUGAGCUCUCUCCAACAGCACGUUCUUUCGGGAAUCUUUGUAAAGACAGACAGCAUGGCUAGCUGCUUUAAUUCAACAGUACAGACUUACUCCCAAAACUUUUGUCCAUGUAGUGUAACCUUAAAGCCUUCCACAGCUGCAUGCUGUAAUUUCCCAGCUCCCUCUCUUAUAUUUCCUGUCUAUCUCUGGAAAAAAGGCAGAAAAUGUUUAAUAAAAGAUCAACAAUUAUACUAAAAUGCCCUGAAAUACUGCAGAACUGAAACUGUAAGCUGGAUGUCUCAUUUUGGAAUGAAUAUGCUGUUCUACUUGAAUAUCAGCUGUAAGAUGUACAUUAUUUCCUCGAAGUAUGGUAGCUUAAAAGAAUGUCUGUUCUGAAAAAAUUAAAAAUAUUUGACCUGCAGCACAAUUUUCAAACACUGCAAGUUAUGUGUGGUUGUUGAGUCACUGCGGCGUCUGAGCAGUCAGGUGGUUUGGCUGCACCAUCCUGAGGAAGAUGAGCGGCGCUUUGGGUGCAGGAUGAAGUGGAGGAAGGCUCAUCUGUCUGUUUACCUCGCAGGCACCUGGUGAUCUGUCUUUUCCAGCUCGGCUGUUUUAAAGGAGAAAAAAAUGUAGAAUCAAAUUUUUCCGUUUAUUUGGUGUAGAUAUUUACAUGUACACACACGAAACCUGCAUAAAACUUGCUCUUGUGAUAAUAUUUGUUCAGUUCAGCUUGGAGUAUUAACACUAAAUUUAACUAACUGACAUGAUUUUAUGUGUCACUAACUGUCAACAGCUCCUGUGGAUUACUUACUA